CACAACCACCAGUUAGCGUCUUAAAGUAAGCUAACUGCAAUUCGAAUGUGAUUUGGCCAUAUUUAUCCGACGAAGCAAUGUUCAAGAACACAUUUCAGAGUGGAUUCUUGUCCAUUUUGUACAGUAUUGGGAGUAAACCUCUUCAGAUAUGGGAUAAGAAGGUGAGAAACGGGCAUAUCAAGCGAAUUACAGACACUGAUAUUCAGUCUUUGGUGCUUGAGGUCGAAGGAUCUAAUGUCAGUACUACCUACAUCACAUGCCCCGCAGACCCUAAAAAGACGCUUGGUAUCAAACUCCCUUUCCUUGUAAUGAUCAUCAAAAAUCUUAAGAAAUAUUUCACGUUUGAAGUUCAGGUGUUGGACGAUAAGAAUGUUCGACGGCGGUUCCGCGCGAGUAACUACCAGAGUACCACGCGGGUGAAACCUUUUAUCUGCACCAUGCCCAUGCGGCUGGACGACGGCUGGAACCAGAUUCAGUUCAACCUGUCAGACUUCACGCGGCGAGCAUACGGCACGAACUAUGUCGAAACGCUCCGCGUACAGAUUCACGCAAACUGCCGCAUAAGGAGAGUGUACUUCUCAGACCGGCUGUACUCAGAGGACGAGCUCCCUGCGGAGUUUAAACUCUACUUACCGGUUCAAAACAAAGCCAAGCAGUGAAAGUGGCUCAAUCAGUCAGUUUCCCUCAUUCCAGCUUUAUCAGGAAAUUUUCAGACAACACCCCAGUUGAAUUUGUUGUAUGGUCUGGAUUUUGUUUUUGUUUUUCUGUGUUUUUGUUUUUUUGUUAAUAUUAUUUUGGA